AUGAGUUCAUUUUUACGUGCUGUUCGUUGCAGUCCCAAUCAUAUUCGACGUGCUUUCUCAGAUGUUAAACCAAAUGCAAGUGAAGCCACAGGUUCUGCUAAGGCGGAAACCGCUGUAGAAGGACACAAGCCUAUGUAUGCUACCAGACAGAAUUUCCAAAAAGAACUUGAAAAGAAAAGGUAUCAAAACGCUUCUAUUGAGUCAGGACAGCGGCCGACUAACAUGCAAAGGAGAUUUCUUGUAUUAACCAAAUUGUACAAAAAACAAUCAGAAAUUCCCGAAAUAGUCAGCAAUGGAACGAUGAAUCGUAUGCAUGAUCGUCUUCGGGUUGUAUUUAUUCUAACAGGAUGCAUUGGAUUUUUCUCCAUUUUCUAUAUUGGAGAACGCAUCAACGCCCGCAAAAUAGCUCGUGAUCGAGAUGCCGGUGUUGUAGUAACGAAGAUGUAA